CUGUUUAUUUACCUGCAAAAAUCAUUUGUUAAUCAUGAAGAGUUUAGCCUUGCUUGCUUGGGCCCUACUCUUCUGUGCUACUUCUCUAUGUUCUUGGCCUAAUGUUGCUUCUGAUUCUGCAGCAGAAGCAUCGGCAAUCCUCAAAUGGAAAGCCAGCCUUCAAUACCAUUCUGUUCUGCUUUCCUGGAAUACUUCGUCGAGACACCCGAAUGCGAAAACGAGUCCUUGUGCGUGGUUCGGAAUCCAUUGCAACCGUGCUGAUAGUGUUAGGAGGAUUAAUCUCACUGGCUAUGGUGUAGAAGGUAUGCUCCAUUCAUUUCCAUUCUCCUCUUUGCCUAAUCUUGCAGAGUUGGACCUUAGCACUAAUGAGUUUUAUGGCAUAAUCCCACCACAAAUCGGUCAGCUCUCCAAACUCACCUACCUUGAUUUAUCAUAUAACAUGUUCACUGGACAAAUCCCACCUCAGAUUGGCCACCUUAUACAUCUUGAGACCCUCCACCUUGCUGGGAAUCAAUUGAACGGCUCGAUUCCUCGAGAAAUCAGUCGGCUCAAAUCCGUCACCGAGCUUGCCUUGUGUGGCAACCGUCUAAAUGGUUCCAUUCCUGCUUCUCUUGGUGAAUUAAGCCAACUUGUUUCCUUGCUUCUCUAUGAUAAUUUCCUUUCUGGUCCCAUUCCUCCGGAAUUUGGUAACCUUACGAAUUUGUCCGAACUUUACAUUGACACGAACCGUCUAACCGGUCUGAUCCCUUCGUCACUUGCGAACCUGAAAAACCUGAACGUGCUUUACUUGUUUAACAAUAGUCUUUCAGGGAACAUACCCCCUGAACUAGGGAAUUUGGAAUCUCUUGCUGAAAUAAGCCUUUACAAAAAUAACCUGUCUGGUUCAAUCCCAUCCUCAUUUGGUGAUUUGAGAAGUCUUAGGCUUGUCCAUCUUUAUCAAAAUCAACUCUCUGGUCCCAUUCCUGUAGAGUUGGGGAACUUGAAAUAUCUUGUUGAUCUCGAGUUGAGUGAAAACAAACUCAGUGGCUCUAUUCCUGCUUCACUUGGCAAUUUGAGCAACUUGGAAAUCCUGUUCCUUCGAGACAACCGACUCUCCGGUUCCAUUCCUAAUGAAAUAGGAAACUUGAUGAAGCUGACCGUGUUCGAAAUAGACCACAACAACCUGACAGGAAAUUUGCCGCAUGACAUUUGCCGUAGCAGAUCACUCCAAAACCUCACUGCGAAUGACAACCAUCUCACUGGUCCGAUCCCUCGAGGGCUGAAAAAUUGCACUACAUUGCAGAGAGUUGACCUUCAAGGGAACCGGCUCAGAGGAAACAUAUCUGAAGGUUUUGGUGUUUACCCGAAUCUCAAAUUCAUUGAUUUAAGUGACAAUGAACUUUAUGGUGAAGUGUCUUCCAAAUGGGGGUUGUGCACAAGUUUACAGAGCCUAUUUAUUGCAAGGAACCAUCUUACUGGUAGAAUACCAGAUGAGAUUGGAGACUCGCAUCAGAUAGGAAUUCUUGAUCUUUCUUCAAAUCAUUUAUUUGGGGAGAUUCCAAAGGAAAUUGCAAAGUUGACUUCCUUGCUUCAUCUUGAUUUGAAUGGGAAUCAACUUUCUGGUAGUGUACCCUUGGAACUAGGACUUGUGUCCAACCUUUUGUAUCUUGACUUGUCCAAAAACCGACUGAGCAACUCGAUCCCUGAAACUAUAGGGAACAUGUCCCUGUUAUUCCACUUGAAUCUGUCCUUUAACCAGUUUACCCAAAGAAUUCCAAUUCAAGUAGGCAAGUUAACUGUGCUGGUUCUUCUAGAUUUGAGUCACAACAUGCUUUCGGGGGAGAUUCCGACGCAGUUUGAAAGCCUGCAGAGCUUGGUGGUGCUAAACCUGUCUUACAACAAUCUUUCUGGUGAAAUUCCAGCCACGUUCGAGCACCUCCGAGGCUUGUACUCUGUCGACAUUUCAUACAAUCAGCUGCAUGGUCCCAUUCCCACCACCCAAGCAUUUCAAAUUGCUUCGAUAGAAGCAUUUCGAGGGAACAAAGGUUUAUGUGGCAAUGCUAGCGGAUUACCACCUUGCACGACGUUAUCUAACAAGGGUCACAACAACAGAACACUUUAUGUAGUCAUGUUCCCUCUUUUAUUGGUUGCUAGUCUCUCGAUUUCAUCGAUUGCUUUGUUGUUCACCUUCAAGAAGAGGAAGAAAGUUGCUGACGAUGAAAGACAAAGCAGUGCAGGCGAUGAAAUAUUUUUCUCGAUAUCGUCCUUCAAUGGAAAAAUACUUUACGAAGAGAUCAUUAGAGCUACCAAAGACUUUGACGCCCAAUAUUGCCUUGGGAAGGGAGGAUAUGGAAGCGUAUACAAAGCAGAGCUGUCAUCAGGAGAUGUUGUAGCUGUGAAGAAAUUCCAUCAGUUGCAUACCGGUAAAAUGGCGGAUCAAAGACAGUUCCUAAACGAGGUAAGGGCAUUAGUGGACACAAGACAUCGAAAUAUCGUGAAGUUCUAUGGUUUCUGUUCCGCUGCGGAUCAUUCCUUCUUAGUAUACAAGUACCUUGACAGAGGUAGCUUGGGUUCAGUUCUCGGCAACGACGAAGAAUCCAAGAAACUGGACUGGAAUAAGAGGGUGAAUGUUGUCAAAGGUGUUGUUCAUGCCCUCUCGUAUUUGCACAACGACUGUUCACCGCCGAUUGUUCAUCGUGAUAUAACGAGCAACAACAUUUUGCUGGAUCUGGAGUAUGAAGCUCAUCUCUCAGACUUUGGCACUGCAAAACUUCUCAAUCCAGACUCAUCGAAUUGGACUAAUAUUGCUGGAACAUAUGGAUACAUUGCACCAGAGCUUUCCUACUCAAUGAAAGUUACUGAAAAAUGUGAUGUGUAUAGUUUCGGCGUGCUGGCUUUGGAAUUGAUAGUUGGGAGGUAUCCGGAUGAUUUUCUCUCUGAUCUAUCGAUCCUAACUGCAGAACGCAUUCCACUAAACUGUGUGUUGGAUCAAAGGCUUUCACCUCCACAGCCAGAAGUCGAGAACAAACUCGAAUUCAUCCUAAAGGUAGUAGUCUCAUGUCUAGAUAACAAUCCAAAAUCUAGGCCAACCAUGCACGUUGUUUCUCAGCUGUUGUUCGACCGAAUCUAGUCCAAUCUAGGAUUUUGUUCAUCUUCAUCCUAGUGGCCACCUUAGAUAUAUGUUUGCUAUUGCUCUAAUGCUGUUGCUUUAGUUUUUGUGUGGUUAUCAUAGUUGAAAUGGAUUAAGC